AUCCUUCCGAAGAUCCAAAGUAGCAGCAGAGGGUCGUUUGUGGUGUCACCGUAUCACCACGAGGAGCCGAUGCAUGUGGCAGGGAAAGAUAGUCACCACCUCCGAGGUGGCCCGCCUGUUCACCGCCCCGAGACGUUAGAGGGGGUAGUGUUGCGGGAGCGCCGAAACUGGCGCAUAUUCUCAGCAUUCGCGAGGCAAGAGUAUCCGGAGUGUCUUCAAAUCAUCGAGGAGCAGCUGCGUGCUUGCAAUGGACUGGCUGAAUAUGCGAUUCACGUGAAGGGUGAGAACUACAGUACCAGUCUAUGGUAGCAAGAUCGAACACGAUAUCAUGUGAUUGACACAUGUACUUCGAUCCAUUUCGUUUAAGUUUCAAGCUACGGCAACGGUCUAUGUAGACUGCAUGUACUCGACUCUCCUUAGACUUCAGAAUGUCUCUUUUACCUCGUGUGUGGGAUUGCAGACGAAUACCGUUUGUGUUGGCCUUGACUGUACUACAGUAAUUCCUUUCCGUCUUGUAUAUUUUGCACAUUUUACGGGACUUCGACGGCAACCAGUGUGGGUUGCACUCGUCAAAGAAUAUUCGACCACCAACGAAUCACGAUUACCUUGCGGAGGAUCUUCAAGAUCAUAAGGCCUAGGGAGCACAGAAAUUGCUGGGGAGAGUUCUUCGAACUCCCACAACACCAUCAUGACUUACAUACUCUGUGGGCCUCCAUCAAUACAGAAGAUCACCUCGUAUGCUUUUGGCCCCGCCUUUACUUUGAUAUAUCGACUGGCGUAUGCCGUGUUUGCUUCCUCCGGGGAUGACCCCCCGCCUGUGUAGGCCAGAUUGUGCGAGCCCAGGGUCAAAUACAGGAGUCUCUGGUGCUAUUUCAGGCGGCCACGUGUCUCAGCCCGCAGAAUCCGUCGAACCUGAAACAAGUGGGUCGAUGUCUCUUUCUCUUGGGCAAGCACAAGGCCGCACUCGAUGUCUAUGGCGAGGCACAACAGAUUGAUUCAGAGGAUUGGGAGGUGU